AUGUCGACUUCUGUCCCCACCCUUGCGCCUCUUCCCUCUUCUUCAUCUGCCACAGGCAAUGCGAACUCCAAGCCGAAGCGCAGACGCUCUAAUCCCAAAGAUGACAAUCCCAACCAGGAGAACCCUCCCCGUCCUCGAAACUCCUUUUUUCUGUUUUUCGCUGAAAAACGAGGUGCUCGGCCUGAUAAAAUGCCUCUAUCAUCAUACGCACGACAAACCGGACUCGAAUGGCGCGCCCUCCCGCCGGAAGAACGGGAGGUGUACGAGAAGCGAGCCGAACAAGAAAAAUUGGAGCAUGCACGUAUGUACCCAGAGUACAGGUACAAACCCAGAAAGGGCGGUACUAAGCGUGCGGCAUGGGGCACACGAGCCCAAAAGCGAGCUCGGAAGUCAACCACCUCUCCAUCCAAGGGCCCAUCGCUCUCACUCACCCUUCCUCCAGUCGAAGCCGUUGUGCAUCCUGUCCAGCACACCUGCCCCGGCAAUCUAUCCCAGAGCAGUGGAUUUAAUGGGAAUGGGCCCGCCGACGAUCAGCCUACGGUGGACCCGUCAGCUAAUCUCUUCUCCCCGGAGCAGCAUGAGCUGCUCAAUCGCACCGUGGAAGGCUUCUAUGUCUCCGACUAUUCACCUCCUCUCAUCCCUGAGGUCGACGCUGCUGUCCGAUACUCCCCUAUGUCGCAGGUAGAACAGAUAUGGCACCAUCUCAUCACCGAACCGCUUGUUCUCCAUCAAUCUUUCGCCUCAUCUUCUAGCCAAUCGUCCCUUUCAUCUUGUAGCCAGUCGCCCCUCUCCUCUGUUAGCCAGUCGCCCUUUUCAUCUUCUAGCCAAUCACCCCCUACAUCGCCCUCGCUCUCUUUCACGUCUGAGAUGGGCAUCAAUUCUUUCCAUCAUUCUCACCUUCCAUCAUCAAACUGGGACAGCUUUCCGCCAGAGGAAAUGUACCCGCCUUUCAUGGGAUCCCUCGAAGAUUUUAUUGGACACGCCCCCCUACCUCCCCAUCAUGACUCCCAUCCAUCGUCUUUGACUUCCUCUGUACUCGACACAGACCCUCUACCCACCCAAUACUUUCACACUUCAGAUCCGGCAGAACUCUUGAAUGCCGAAGUCAUGUAUCAAAACAGCGAACUCCCAGAAAGUCUCCCCGCAGAAAACCAGCCCAUCGCGGACUUAUUCUCAGAGUUGUACCCUUGGGCUGUCCCCGAGUAUUCCGUCGACUCUGGGGUCUUUGCUCCCGGCUAUGGCCCUGAACCCUCGUUCAUCGGUACUUGGUCUCACUGA